AUGUCGUUAACCACCGAACAACGUAAAAUUGUACUAUCCGAAAGUUUGGCGGUUAAACUUUUUAUUUUGAAAAAAAAACGCAAACGUAAUCCGCUGCAUCAAAUUUAUAAAGAUAGGUUUGAUUUUGGCGAAUUUCAUCAUUUGUAUUCAGAGCUUCGAGCUGAUGAUAAUUUAUUCUGUUCUUACACACGAAUGAGUAGAAGUACUUUCGACUACAUAAAAGAGGAAAUUGAAAAUGAAUGUUACCAUAAAACAACCAAUUUUAAAAUACCAAUUUCUGUGGAAGAGAGACUGAUUAUUACUUUAAGAUACCUUGCUACUGGUUUAGCUUUUAGGCAAAUUGCUUUAACCUUUAGAAUUUCAAAAACAGCAGUGUCUUCAAUUGUUAUCGAAAUUUGUAAAGCAAUUUGGAAAAUACUGAAAGAAAAACAUAUGCCCACACCUACGAUAGCUGAUUUCGAAAAAAUUGCACAAGAAUUUUAUGAAAAUUGGAAUUUUCCAAAUUGUGUUGGGAGUAUAGACGGCAAACAUAUUCGGAUAAAAUGUCCAAAAAAAUCCGGUAGUAUGUUCUUCAAUUAUAAACAGUUUUUCUCUAUUGUUUUGAUGGCUGUUGCAGACGCAAAUUAUAAAUUUAUUAUGAUUGACGUCGGAUCUUAUGGAAAAGAUAGCGAUGGAGGUAUAUUAUCAAAUUCAAAUAUUUUAAAACGUCUUGAAAAUAAAACUUUGAAGCUACCUUAUCCUAAAAAACUACCAAAUUCGAACUUAAUUGGUCCAUAUACUUUCAUUGCUGAUGAAGCAUUUCCUUUGAGAACAUACAUGAUGCGACCAUACCCAAGAAGGUUACUAAAUGAUGAAAAUAAAAGUUACUUCAAUUAUAGACUAUCCAGAGCACGAAUGACAAUAGAAUGUGCUUUCGGUAUAGCAGCAGCAAAAUUUAGAAUUUUGCAGAAGUCUAUAGAGACAAAGGUAGAUAAUGCUGAUCACAUUGUAAAAGCAAUAUGUAUGCUGCACAAUGUGAUUAUAGAUUUGGAAAAAAAAGGAGUAGCAAAUUAUAUGGACUCAGAUAUAUCAAACCAAAUUAAUAAUUUAUCCAGCGAUUUAGCAGUAAGUGUGAGAAAUAACAAAACAUCCAGAGCAGCAGAGAAUAUAAGAAGUAAUUUAAGCAUUUUUUUUUCCAAUAAUAAAUUGUGA